AAUAGUUGAUAGCACAUGUGCAGCUGGUUUUGUUACCUUGUAUUGAAAUGUGCCAGGGAUAUAACGCAGCUGCAGUACAUAAAUUGGCCGGACUUUAAUGUGCCAGAGAGUCCAGACACAUUUCUAGAUUUUCUACAGAUAGUUAGAAAUACAGAAUGUUUUGAUGAAGAGUCCGGACCUCCUGUUAUUCAUUGUUCUGCUGGGAUUGGUAGAUCUGGAACUUUCUGUUUAGUGGAUUCUAGUUUAGUUUUGGCAGCUAAAGGGAAACACUUGAAUAUUCAAAUCAUUAGAUCUAUAUUGUUGAACAUGAGAACUCAAAGAAUGGGAUUGAUACAGACAGAGGACCAACUGAGGUUUUCUGUAUCUGCUAUAAUUGUUGGAUGCUCCCGGAUGACCGCUAGUGAAGUUGUUGUUAACGGAUCCGGAUCUAAGACGGACUCUGAGUCAGCUGACCGACCUGCGGGUAAACGGUUAUCUGUCUCUUCGCAUUCUCCUCCCAGCUCCAAGAAGCGUAAAAACUCUGAUUCUUGACAGUUCUGUUGCUGUAUCUUUUAUAUUUCUUCACAACAUUCAUAGCAGCCUUGGACCCCUUCUUCAAUAUAGGUUUAACUAAACCACAUGUUUAACAGUUAGAACCUUCAUAGCAGCCUUGGACCCCUUCUUCAAUAGAGAUUUAACUAAACUACAUGUUUAACAGUUAGAACCUUCAUAGCAGCCUUGGACCCCUUCUUCAAUAGAGAUUUAACUAAACUACAUGUUUAACAGUUAGAACCUUCAUAGCAGCCUUGGACCCCUUCUUCAAUAGAGGUUUAACUAAACUACAUAUUAAACAGUUAGAACCUUCAAUAUUGUUCUGCAUAAAUACUUCUUCAAUAGAGGUUUAACAAAACCACAUGUUUAACAGUUAGAUUCUUCAAUAUUGUUCUGUAUUAAUACUUCUUUAAUGGAAGUUUAACUAAACUACAUGUUAAACAGUAAAACCUUCAAUAUUGUUCUGUAUUAAUACUUCUUUUCUUAAAAGGACUGUAAAGUUUAUUUGUACAGUCACUCUCUUCAUGACAUGCCUAAUUUCCAACAGUACUUUUAAAAGCUUUGUCUAAUUAAGAAAAAAAACACUUCAAAUUAGUUUAACGACGAUAUCUUCUGCAUUUUUGAUCAGAUAAAUUUCGUAAGGGUACCUUAGUGAAUUGUGCAUUUGUUUAAUUUAGAAUCACUGGAAAAUACGACAGUCCUUUUAUUAGAAAGAAAACUACCCAUUUUGAUACCUGUUGUUUCCAGGAUUGUUAAUUACAGAUGGAACAAAAUUUCUUUCGACUUUGUUUUAUCUGUAUAAACUGUGGUUAACUUUUUCCCUAUGUAUUCAAUAGUGUUCUAUGGUAGAACCCCUCUAACCUUUGUGAUAAAAUCAUGAAUAAAAUACACAAGAUGGAGUGUUAACGCGGACUGACUGCUCAUGUAGCCAGGACGGGAUUAAGAUGGAGUGUUCAGGUGGACUGCCUGCGCAUGUAGCCAGGACAGGAUUAAGAUGGAGUGUUCAGGUGGACUGCCUGCUCAUGUAGCCAGGACGGGAUUAAGAUGGAGUGUUCAGGUGGACUGCCUGCUCAUGUAGCCAGGACGGGAUUAAGAUGGAGUGUUGACGCGGACUGCCUGCUCAUGUAGCCAGGAUGGGAUUAAGAUGGAGUGUUCAGGCGGACUGCCUGCUCAUGUAGCCAGGACGGGAUUAAGAUGGAGUGUUGACGUGGACUGCCUGCUCAUGUAGUUUUGUAUAUUUUGUGAUAAUCUAUCAUUCGACAUUUUUGGGUAUCAUAUAUGCUGUGCACAUUAAUGUCUUGUAAAACAACUCUAGACAUUGGUUCCUGUGGUUCCAGGGAGGGAGAGUGGCUAAAAUUUAGUCUCCGUAAUAUUUGAAAUUCAAAUAUUUCCUUCUUUAAGCCCACUGUGCAUUUGUACAUGAAUCUUGCGGCUUUGAGCAUCUUGAACCCGACUGGUACACGUCAACACUCCAAUCCUGUGUGAACACUCCAAUCCUGUGUAGUUUAUUCAUGGAUAGAAUCUAUGAAAAUACUUCUGUGUAGGGUUUUAACUUUAUGUUAGAUCUAUCUUGCAUAAAGGAGUUCUAUUAUGGUAUGGGAGUAAAUGAAUUAUUAAUUGGUACAAGACCAAAAAAUCUUGAAAAAAUUGUAUAAUUUUUCUGUUGUGUGUAAUAUUUAAGUUCACAUAAUUUUUUCAUUUUUUAGCAGAAUUAACAUAUUUGUUAUCCAAGUUAUGACUAGUGUUAAUUUUAAAAUAUAUAUAUGAUCAAAACGUU